GUGGCGAAAAUAAAUAGAAUAAAUGAAUGUAUUAAUGUUAAGAAAAACGUUCCCACAAUACAGACAUGGAAAAAUUUCCUACCUUUUCCCCUUUAUACAUUCGUAGGAAGAAUGGUAUCCAUCUAGUGAUUCGGUAUCAAGCUGGGAUAAUAUGUUAAUAUGUUUAUUGUUAUAAUCGGUCCUAUUGGUGUUUGUGUCUGGUUUGGCACCAUGAAGAUAAACAGGAACACUGUACUGGAGGGACACAAAGUUGUGUUGGUUCCUUACAAUGCAAACCACGUGACCAGGUAUCAUGAAUGGAUGAAGUGUCCUGAGCUGGAGCAUCUGACCCCCUCAGAGCCACCGACCCUGGAACAGGAGUACGACAUGCAGGGGAGCUGGAGGGAAGACGAUGACAAGUGCACAUUCAUCAUCUUGGAUAAGCAGCAGUGGGCAGAUCCCUGUAUAGAAGAGGAGCAGUGCAUGGUGGGAGAUUUCAACAUGUUCCUGAUGGACCCAACAGACCUCUCCUCGGCUGAGCUGGAGAUCAUGAUAGCAGAGCCCAGUUACAGAGGCACGGGCAUUGGGAAGGAGGUGACACGCAUGAUGAUGCACUACAGUGAGCAUCUGAUCCCAUCUUUCACAAGGUUUCGAGUGGGAAGACAGAAGAAACAAGGCAUCCAUGGCUCUGGAGUUCUUCCUUGAUGCUGCAGAGAAGCCUAACUUUACAUCCAGCCUCCAGUCUGUAACGACAGUGUAAGAUGGAGCAACCCUUCACUGAAGGGAAGACUCAGUCCUGUCACCUACUCAUGAGGACCCUGGCAACAAUUUUUGUAUAAACUUGUGGCUUAAUCAGUUUUCUGUUUCAGAGGUUCCGUUUUUCCAGAUGUGGAUCAUGGAGUACAGUCAAGUGAAGCAGUGCCUUUUAUCUUUAUUAAAAGAUUACAAGAAGGUUUGAGUUGUAAUGACUUUAUUGAAGAAUAAAUAAAAACAGGGCCCAGAACAAGGCUGAAAGUCAAAGGGCCUUAAAAAUAAAGCACUUCCACCAUGUUGACUUUUUUAAAGCGUGCUAGUUCAGGUCUUGGUUCUUCACUGCAUCUAGUAAAAGCCUAGGACCUGAACCAGUGCCUCACAUCUUGGAUAUUAAAAGCAGAACCAGAAAGUUAGUUAUAAUAGCUUUGUUGAAAAGAGAAACAUCAGAACAAGGCUGAAAAUGGUAAACAUGGCCUGAAGACAGCACCAUCAUAAAACCAGGUUUUUAAUGAUCUGGCUAGGAUGGGAAAUCCAUACCGGUGGGGUCAAAGCAGAGUACCUCACAUUUUUUCCAUGCUGUUACACUGCAUGUGCCUGGACAGCAGUUGUGAAGACUUCUCUUGUAGUCACAUGACUGGUCACGGAAGGACAUCUGUUUAAGGAUUGCCUAUACUGGGAUCUGCCCAUUGCUGCUUAUCCAAGAUGAUGAAUGUGCACUCAGGUAAAAAAUAAAAAAGUCAAAUUAAACAGCUUUUCUCUAAGUAAAAGUUGAAUGAUUUUACUAGUGCAUGACCUCAGAAACAAUGAUGUCUUAUUUUAAUGAUCCAGUGAUUACCAGUUAUUCAUAAACACUUUGACCUAACAAAUCUGAUGGAUGAUGGUACGAAUGUCUGGAAGGAAUGAUUUGGAAGCCAUAAGGACAGAACCUGAAAGCAGUGUUGACCUCAUAAAGCAAAUGUCACUGAAUCAUAUUUCAUUUUAUCUUGUCAUAAGUUGUAUUAAAUAUGUUUAGACAAUGUGUUAGCUUCUUUAUGUAGGCAUUGUAAAAAUUCUGAAUGUUAACUUCUUACUCUAACUUACUCCUCAGUGCACAGUAAGGUUGCCCUUUAGUGAUGGCAAACAGCAUUACACCAAUCUUAACAAGUGUGACCCAUUACAACCUCCUAGUCAAAUUAAUGGCAAUUUAAUGGUACAAAUAGCAAUGUAUGUACAUGGUCACAAUUUUUGUGAGCAUGUUUAGGAAAGAUUUGUACGUAAAAACAUUUUUGAACGUAUGAAUAAAAUAUGUAAACAAAUUAUGUUACACAAAGACACUGAAAAUAAGUGUGUUUGUGAACAUGUGUGUACAGACAGAACACAAAUUGCACAUAUAACUAUUUAGGAGUACUGAGGUUUAGUGUGAAUCACACCUCAAUCUAACUGU